CAGGCAGUAAACGCUGAACUGCAAGUUUUGUGUGACCACACCGACAAUACAACCUUCAUUAGCAAUGACAAUACUUUUAUUCUGCAAGAUGGCACUAUCAACGAAGGCUUCUUGAAUAGAGAUGGUCUCCAUCUCAACCCAGCUGGCACUAACCGUCUGGUGCAUAAUAUGGGACUUACAAAAUCUCUCAAGAGUGUCACAAAGCCCUUCAAUCAAUAUAAGAAAUCAAGGUCCAAUGCCCCUAAAAAUGGUCCAAAUACCACUCCCAGACCUAAUAGCGAUUCUUUUGCCAAUAAUAUGAACAAUAACCUCAGAGCUAGAGUAACACACAAUAACGCCAAUGGACAACCCAUCCCUAAACACUCAUUGGCCAACGUCACCUCUGCUGCCAAUAAAGCUAAGCCUAUUUGCUAUAAAUGUGGAGAGGCCUCCCAUCUUGCUUCGACUUGUUGGCACCCCAAUUCCAUCAGAUGUUAUUCCUGCAUGAAUCUCGGCCACAAGACCCAUAAGUGCCCUUAUAAGGACAUCUCAACUUCUAACAAAUACUAGGUCCUUGG